AUGGUGCGUAAACGGUUCAUCUUUGGCUUGAUAAGCCUUCAUCUGAUCAUGGGUUGCACUGCUGGUGACGAGAUGUGUAAGGCCUCCAUUGGUGGUCGUAGAGGGGCGUGUCCUUCUACUUGGAUCAAGUGGGGUGGCAAAUGCUACAAAGCCAUCAUGGUGAAGCUGACUUGGUCCGAGGCAAAAAAGGAGUGCACCAAGAUGGGAGGUGCCAUGGUCGCGCCACGGUCUCAGGAGGAAACUGAUUUCCUCAUGACGCUAUUGCCACUGCAAUCCCAGUUUUGGAUCAAUUGCAACGAUCUCAAGGAAGAAGGUACUUGGAAGUGUCAGGAUGGUACUGAUGAGGUGGAGUACAGGAAUUGGUGGACUCUUGGAGAAGAACCCAAUAACCGGAGAGAUGAGGACUGCGCUGUGGUAUAUUUAAUCAGUGGGGAAUGGAUUGACGUGGACUGUAUUAGCCUAUACCGUGCAAUGUGCGUCCGCCCUGCACCGCAGCUGCACUUUUAA